CUCUAUUUUCUGCGAUUGCUGCCAUAAUUAUUGCUUCAUAACAGCCAACCACAGCAACGCACCUUGAUGGGGGGAGUAUUAGUAUUGCAAUAACAACGACACCGCAAUCACAGUCUAUUAGCUACAGUGAUCACCGAGUCCUCGCUGAAUUUGACACUUGUUAGCGCGACUAUCCACCAAACUACUGAGUAGAGCGACUAGUUACCAUCGAGCAGAGCUUGCAAACUUGCAAACGUGACGGUGCAAAAAGAGGACGAACCUCCAACCGCGUCUGUGCCAGUGGCGGAGCGAAACCGGAGCUCACAAAUCCUGACAAGACAGUGGCGACAGGCCUCCCGCUGUUAUCGAGAAUUGAAUUGAAUCGUAUCAAUCUGCCUCCACCAAGCACAGCAAACAAACAAUCCACCUAUUAUCUUCCUUUCACACAACCAGACAGCCACGACAAUGACUUCCCAAGAAGAGAAAAAGAUGGAGCGCAUGGGCAGUAACGUGAGCAGCGCCGUGGGUGGUUCCAUGUCACUGGAACAGAUUGCCGAAUUGGAAGUGGAAAUGGGUGAGAUAUCGCAAAAGGCAGCCGACAGAUUCGAUCGAGAAACCAGACUCCCCAAACUGCGCUUUGAGAUUAUCACCCACGCUAAACCACUGGGGUAUUUGGGGGCCGGUGGCUUUUGUCGCGUCUAUCGCGUCAGACUCGACAACAAAAAGGUGGUGGCACGCAAGGGACUCAAGGAUAGCAUCAAAACACAACGACACGUAUUCAAACAGGGAGCUGUUGACAUGGUCACGGAAGCCAAGUUACUCAAUGCGCUGUCGCAUCCGAAUAUUCUCGGAUUGGAAGGAGUGUCCACGGAUAAUUGGAAAGACAGUUACCUCAAUGGACAGUCCUUUUAUCUUUACCUCGAUCGCUUGUCGGGGGAUGUCAGAGAACGAUUUGAACAUUGGGAAGAUACCAAAGAAAACAGCUCCAUCAGCAGUCAUCUCGUUAAGAGACUGGAAACCAUUGCUAUUCCCAUUGCCAAGGCGGUGGCGUAUCUCCAUGAAAGACAUAUCAUUUUUAGAGAUCUCAAGCCGGCCAACAUGGGCAUUGACAUGCAUAAUGUUGUCAAACUAUGCGACUUUGGAUUUGCACGGGAAAUCAUUGACCCAGAAAAGAAACUGACGGGAUACGUGGGCACCCCGUUGUACAUGAGCCCCGAAGUGGCACUCUCUGAACGCUACGGAUUCCCGGCAGACGUGUACUCCUACGCCAUGUUCCUUUUCGAAUGCAUCUCCUUGACCAAACCAUGUAUCGAAAUGAUUCGAGCCGAUGAUCCCAAACAUUUCGAGCAAAAGGUUGUCCACGAAAACUAUCGACCUCCGUUGACGCAGACCAAACUCUUUACCGAGAAGCUACAAGCUGUCUUGUCAAAGUCAUGGGACAGGAACCCGUCCGUACGACCCACCAUGGAAGAGGCAGCGAUACAACUCGAAGAAGCCACAGCCGAAAUUGCCGCCGUUAUAAAGGAAAGGUCGUGGUUCCCAUCCUGGACCCUGUCGACAACCAAUACCGGUGAUAAUACUUGGGCGACUUCGACGUAUCUAAAAUUUGGUGCAUCGCCCAAAGCCCACAAUAAUGAGAAUCACAAAAAUAUCAAGCCGACGAAACAACAACAGCCACCAGCACCGCCACAACAAAGACAACCACAGCAACAACAAAAUGGGACCAUUAGCAAACCAAAGAGACGAAUCAAUGUUAGUACGUUCCGAUUCUAAGUCCUACUCGACUCUUUGGUCGAUGUUGGCGGUGGAGGAGGCCUGGCUGGCCAAACCCUUGGAACGCCUUGUUGGCACAAAAUGAAUCCUAUGUUGUUUCCAAAACAACACCUUGCCAACCCCGCUACUUGCUCCUCUCGAGAGUUUGCCUACCAGGAGGGACAAGGGCUGUUUUGGUGGGAAGCUUCUGCCUGCUAGUAUUCGUUUUCGUGUCGAUUUGGCUAGUACUCCAUGCGCAGCUACCUGCCCCCUUGAGGAAAAGCCUACGUGCAAAUCGAUUCGAUUGAGUUUGAGAUUGAGAUUGCAAACCGGGAAGAUGUUGGUCCAACAAAAUUCCUGGUCUGUUUCAAGGAAUGGAAGAUCUUCUCGCCCCGAAACAGAUUCCCGCGUUGCCCUGUACCACCGGUAGAGUAGAGAACGCACCGAAUCGAAUCUAGUUUCAGAUUUACAUACUGUUCUCUUGUUACUGCUUCGGGUAGAUCUAGUUCUAGCCACGAAAUGUCCUGGUGCCUUUGCUAUAAUAGCAGCACAGCUUUGUCUGACUCAUCACUCCGGGAAGCACCAUCUAUCUGUUGUGCCAAAAAUGACCUACUAGCUAGAGUAGUAGAAACCGCAUGGGCAACGAAUGAUGAAUCGAAUCGAAAAGAAAAACAAAUACUAAAUCGAUACGUCAAGGAGCGGGGGGGG